AUGGGCCCAUCGAGAUAUGCUACUUCUCGACAAAAGUCCUGCCAGCAGUGCUCGACCGCCAAAGCGAGAUGUGACCGUCAAAGCGGACGCUGUACUCGGUGUACACAGCGAGGUCUUCAAUGCGUUUACCCUCAGCUUGCUCAGGGUGCAGACGAAUCAAUCACCAACCAUGAUACAGGACUCUACAGCCAGACCGCACUACCGAAUAUACCAUUACCAAGCCCUGGUCAUCUGUCAAUCAACACGCUGAGCUCCAGCCCUACAUUGACUGGAGGAGCGAUGGUCAAUUCGGUGAAUGCCUCGCCAGACCAGCUAGACUUUGCAGGCCUUGAUCUGAUCUGUCCCAUCAACGUUGACGACAUCAGUAAUCGCUGGUUGAAUCCUUACAUUCCAGUGCCCGAGCAAAUGAUCAAGGAGUAUCCUCCCAACGUCACCCGCUUCAUCUGCCAGAUCCUCAAAUCAUACGCCGCUACCGCUGCCCGGGGUCGUGGAAUUUUGCCCUUUAUUCACCCUGCACAGAUGGCAAUAAUGGAACACCCAGCAAACUUCCCACUCGCGACUUGCUUGAGCUUGAUCCGAAUAUGCGAAACCCCAUUACCCGGAAGUGAGGAUGCUGCUGCGACCAUUCUCCAACGGGAAAUGGAAAGCAUCACGGAACUACGACAAAGCUACGACGACUUGUCCCUGCUGGCUGCGUUCCAAGCCUACCUCAUCUACUCCAUGGUCUUAUUUUUCCGGCUCAACCAAAGACCAAACCCUUUUUUCCGUCAGGCAAUGAUGAACCUCCAAGGCAUUGCCUGCUCUUCGUCCCAACGAGGACUCGUUUGCAGAGCGGACCAGCACCAUGCCCGUCCUAGAUGGGAGGAGUGGAUUGUCACCGAGGCAAAGCGGCGCACGCUAUACGUGAUGUACCUCUUCGAUAGCAUCCUCUCUGCGCAGGAAAGUCUUCCGACAUUCCUUGGAACUGAGCUGCAAGGUCUUCCUGCCCCAGCGAGUAAAUCACUUUGGCAAGCACAAGGUCGCAGCGACUGGGAGAAGGCAUACAAUGUUUAUCUGGCUGAGUGGACGGAGAAUAGUCUUACGAUUGAUGAGCUCUGGCCUACGCCGGUAGACCUAGACGAGGCUAAUAUUGCACAACGACGCCUUCGGGUUGAUCGGUGGGUCGAAGAUAUCGAUGAAUUUGGAACGAUGCUCUACGCGGUGGUGAGCUGUACACAUGGUGCUUGA